AUGCUCUCAAGAUCCCUUGCGCCUAUUGCCCGGGCGUCCCCAUCAGCUCUUGCUCUUAGAGCUGCCGCUACUCCAGCCCUUAUCGCAUUGACUACACGCCCAGCCUCCUCGCUUGCAAAACACACAUCUUCUCUGCCUACAGAUUACCCUCUGGCCUCUCAACAAAAGCCCUCCAGUGUUGUCGAUUAUGCCCUUACUACUCUCGAUGCUAUUGCCAACUGGGCUCGUCAAGGUUCUUUCUGGCCUGUUACUUUUGGUCUUGCAUGCUGUGCUGUUGAAAUGAUGCACGUCUCUGCCCCCCGUUACGAUCAGGACCGUCUCGGUAUCAUUUUCCGUGCUUCUCCACGUCAAUCUGAUAUUAUGAUUGUUGCAGGUACCCUCACAAACAAAAUGGCGCCGGCGCUUAGACAGGUUUACGAUCAAAUGCCUGAACCUCGUUGGGUCAUCUCCAUGGGAUCCUGUGCCAAUGGUGGUGGCUACUACCACUAUUCUUACAGUGUUGUUCGUGGCUGUGAUCGCAUUGUGCCUGUAGAUGUUUAUGUUCCAGGCUGCCCCCCAACAUCUGAGGCUCUCAUGUAUGGUGUUUUCCAAUUGCAAAAGAAGAUGCGUAACCAAAAGAUUACACGGCUUUGGUACAGAAAGUAA